AUGAGAGGGUCAGGUCAGAGAAGGUCGAGGUCGGAGGAGGCGAGUGACCUGCAAAAGACCGAUGAGAAGGAGGAGAGUGAGAUGGUGGCAUCGCUUGGGAAACUGAUUCAAAAAGUCUCCAGCAUGUCGAUCAAGGAGGGGCAGGAGUUGAAGAUCCGCGUCAGGCCCAAGGACAACUGCGACCGGUUCGCCAUCAACAUCGGGCUCGACCCCGACAACAUCGCGCUGCACUUCAACCCUCGGUUUGAGUGCGGCGACGACGUCAACGUCAUCGUCUGCAACUCCAAGUCCGGCGGCUGCUGGGGCGACGAGGAGCGCAACGGCAACUUCAGCUUCGUGCGCGGAGAGGAGUCCAAGUUCUACAUCAACUUCAACAUGACCGACUUCUUCAUCAAACUCCCCGACGGCUGCAUGAUGAGCUUCCCGAACCGACUGGGCGAGCUCAAGUACAACUACAUCGAGGUCAGCGGUGAGGCCAGGAUUGUGGGCCUCAAGCUCAAGUGA